AACGCUGUAAUCCAGAAGCCUGCAGCCUCCUGUCGGCUGUUGUGGUGCCCGAGGCCAAAAAGCGCCCGCGUGUGCUGACCCGCCCCGGCCGCUCGGGCCGCCCCGCCCGGCUCGGCCCCGGGCCCGCCCGCAGAGCGCCCGCAGCAUGGAGCCGCAGCCCAGCAGCUUCCGCGGCCGGCGGGCCCUGGUGACCGGCGCCGGCAAAGGGAUCGGGCGCGCCGUGGCCGUGGCGCUGAGCCGGGCCGGGGCCCGCGUCACCGCGCUGAGCCGCACCGCGGGGGACCUGGAGAGCCUGGCGAGAGAGUGCCCCGGCAUCGAGACCCUGUGCCUGGACCUGGCCGACUGGGACGCCACGGAGGCGGCGCUGAGCGCGGCGGGGCCGUUCGAGCUGCUGGUGAACAACGCGGCCGUGGCGCUGCUGCAGCCCUUCCUGGAGGUGACGCGGGCGGCCCUGCAGCGGUCUCUUGAUGUGAACCUUGGGGCUGUGCUUCAUGUUUCCCAGAUUGUUGCUCGGCAGAUGAUUGCCCAGGGGGUGCGGGGUGCUAUUGUAAAUGUCUCUAGCCAGGCCUCCCAGCGUGCUCUGUGGGAUCAUGCUGUUUACUGUUCCACAAAAAGUGCUUUGGAUAUGCUGAGCAAGGUAAUGGCACUGGAAUUGGGACCCCACAAGAUUAGGGUGAACACUGUGAACCCCACCGUGGUUAUGACUGACAUGGGGAGAAUUAACUGGAGUGACCCUCAGAAAUCUGCUGCCAUGAUUAAUCGGAUUCCUCUGGGAAAGUUUGCAGAGGUGGAUGAUGUGGUGAACAGCAUACUCUUCCUGCUGAGUGACAAGAGUGCUAUGACAACGGGCAGCUCACUGAUGGUUGAUGGGGGAUUUCUUGUCUCCUAAGAUGACACCCGCAUUUCACACCUGGCCUGCAUUCUCAUACUAGUACUGCAUAGAUGUAAACUGGAUAGAAAACAAUGACACAGACCCAGUCUUGCUGGAGAAGAGGAACCUGUAUGAGAAGUGAGGCAGAAAAUUACCUUUAGAAGGCUGCUAUAUAGUAAAGCUCACAUACGCUGUCAUGAAGAAUGUUUAUUGCACCAAAUAAGGUUUUAUCUUGUCACUCUACAUGAUGAUUAGAAAUCAGACCUGUCUUUCUUCCAACCCUAUUCCCCCCACAACCCUUCAGAAGCUCUCCCUGUUCUGUCCGAAUCCAUAGAGCCCACCUGCACUUCCAAUGGGAAGGGAAAGAAGUUAGCAGACUCCUCAUUGCUUCCUUUGCUGUUCUUAGUAAAAAACAAAACAAAACAAAACAGGGGCAACAACCACAGUCCUGCUCUGCAGAGACUGGAUUUGGGGGGGAGGCCCUGCUAAAGACUGAUGGGGGGAGCAGCACCAUGGUGUCCUAGGGUGUGCACACCCAGAGGCAAAUACAUCAACUGCACAGAGCUGUUUCGCUGAGUUUGGCUAGUAUCCAAUAAAGCACCUAAUGAUUAGUUCUUCA